GUUGUCUAUGCCAUCCCAAUACAAAACACUGACACCCAUUUUCUCUCCCUUACUCUUCUUUCCUUUCCUUUCCCUCCCCUUUCUCAGCUGAGGAAAAGAGGGGAAGAAACGGACUCAGCUCUGAACUCAGGUCAAUCUGUCACUCAAGACCGAAGUCCUGGGAAAGACGCUCCGGCUGUACGCAGUUCCCAUCCUAGGUCCAGGUUGCACCGGGCGGGGAAAGCACGAUCGAACCCCUAAUUCUGACCUUUCUCUUCUUCCCCGCAGCCUCCUUUCCUAAGCCAGGCUCCUGUUCUGACCCCCAGAGCUCUCCGGGCAGGUGGUGCAAACACCCCUGCUCUCCCGCGCCCCCUGCCGGAGGGAGAGAAGGAAAAGGAGGAGAAGAAAAAAAAAGAGGAGGAGAAAAGAGGAGGCUGCAAGGAGGGAGAGAGAAAGAGCGAGAGCCUGGGCGCCGAGGGGGAACUGCCCGAGAGUUUGCCCGAUGGUGCUGCCGCUGCCGCCGCCGCCGCCGCUGUCGCCUCCUCCACCAAGUGGGAGAGGAGGGGCGAAGAGACAGCUGGGCAGAAGCCUGGGUCCCCUGCUUCUCCUCCUGGCGCUGGCACACACCUUGACCUACCGAGAAGAGUUUGAGGACAGUGACAGAGAGGUCUGUUCCGAGAACAAGAUAGCGACCACCAAGUAUCCUUGUCUAAAACCUACGGGCGAGCUCACCACAUGUUUUAGGAAAAAAUGCUGCAAGGGUUAUAAGUUUAUCCUUGGACAAUGCAUCCCAGAAGAUUACGAUGUAUGUUCUGAGGCUCCUUGUGAACAGCAAUGCACAGACAACUUUGGCCGAGUUCUAUGUACCUGCUAUCCAGGGUACCGAUACGACCGGGAGAGACACAGGAACAAAGUGAAGCCUUAUUGCUUAGAUAUUGAUGAGUGUGCCACCAGCAAUGAGACACUCUGCUCACAGAUCUGCAUCAACUCCUUGGGCAGCUAUCGUUGUGAGUGUCGAGAGGGCUAUAUCCUAGAAGAAGAUGGGAGAACAUGUACUAAAGGAGACAAAGGACAUGAUGAGAAAGUACAGAAUGCACUGAAGGCAGAAACCUGCUGUGCCACUUGUAAGGAGUUCCACCAAAUGAAACAGAUGGUAUUACAGUUGAAGCAAAAGAUUGCACUGCUCCCAAACAAUGCUGCUGACCUAGGCAAGCAUGUCACUGUUGACAAGUUGCUGGCUUCAAACACCUACUUACCAGGACCCCCUGGGCAACCUGGUGGUCAGGGCCCUCCAGGAUCACCUGGACCAAAAGGAAGCCCUGGAUUUCCUGGUGUACCUGGGCCUCCUGGACAGCCUGGUCCUAGGGGCUCAAUGGGACCUAUUGGACCAUCUCCUGACCUCUCCCAUAUUAAGCAAGGCCGGAGAGGCCCUGUGGGUCCACCAGGUGCACCAGGAAGAGAUGGUUCCAAGGGAGAAAGAGGAGCUCCUGGACCCAAAGGAUCUCCAGGACCUCCUGGUUCUUUUGAUUUCCUCUUGCUAAUGAUGGCUGACAUUCGAAAUGACAUCGCAGAACUUCAGGAGAAGGUGUUUGGACACCGGACUCAUUCAUCAGCAGAGGAGUUCCCAUUACCUCAGGAAUUUUCCAACUAUCCAGAUGUCUUAGACUUUGGCUCUGGAGAAGACUAUCCUAAGAGAACUGAGACAAGAGACUCAAGAAUUGACAAAGACUUAUAUCCUUAGCAGGGCCUAGGUAUUUCAUACCAAAAGUACAGGAUGAAAAGGUUGAUUCUCUCCUGAAUUUGAAUGAAGGAAAGAAAAAAAUGCACUGGGGAUUUAAAAGAUAGAUUUUUAUUUUAUUUACUCUUCUCUUCUACCCUUGUACCUCCUUGCUUCCAAAUACUCUCUUUUAAUAAGCCACCUCCUUAUCUCUUGGUAAGUAGACCAGUAACUGACUCAUAUGCCUCCCAGCCUAAGCCAGUUAGGCUAAUGAAUCAAAAUUUCUCCAUUAGUUUCCUUUUGUUUCAACUAAAAGAUUCAAAGAAACUUCCAGAGUUUGACAUAAGAAAUCUGUUCAUUUUGUGAAUGAGAAUGUCCCCAAAGGAUGAGAUAAUGGGCCAGGUGAUAAAAUUCUAAAGCCACUUACAAAAAAUUUAUCAAUUAGUUAAGCAAUAUAUUAUAUGCUAGACAUUAGGGAUAUAAAGAUUAAAGUGAAAUAGAAUCUGCCCUCAAGUUUUUGUAGUUUAAUAGGGAAAAUAGCAUGCACAUUUAUAGACACAUACAAAUGACAUAAGGCUAAUAUUUGGAACCAUAAUUUCAUCAGUGAAGAAAGAGACUUCUUUCAUUAAUCCAGAUAAUAGUAUGAACAUGCCUUCUCAUCCUCUGUGAUUCCUAAUACGGAAAGGACUAAUGGAACUAAAGGAACAAAAUCUCCUAAGCAGAAGAUUGGUCAAGAUUUUGGAGGAGAGAGAUUCUCUAAAAUAGUACAUUGUUUGUAUAACCUUAAUGAGGUCCUUUCAUUUUUAAAUGUCCAUAAUUAGAUGAGUUUUCUUGCUGUCACUGGAAGAAGAAUUACCAUCUUUGCUGGUAUAUAUAAUGGAGUCUUAAAAACCCCAAAUGAGACUGUUAAAGUGUUCUUGCCUUGCUUUUAAGUAGAUUCAGCAUUCAGAGUAAAAAGUGCUGCACUAAAUUCUCUCUUUUUAUAUAAAUAUAUUGAAUAUUGCAUAUGGUAAAGAGAUGAAAUGUAUUGAUAUACAUCAGAAACCAUUAAGGAGUGAUAUGCCAGAAGAUUUUUUAACUCUUUGGUCAUGUGGAUAGGUAGGCUUUGAAGAACUCUCCUCAGUAAAUCACAGUUUCAUCAAAGCAGGAUCAUUGGCCAUAUUGGUGGGGGGAAGGAGUACAAAUUCCCGGAGCCAAGCUUGUCACCUGAAGAAACCUUAUCUGGAGGGCCAUCCUGCCCUUGAGUCGAAGUAUUUGAAUCAAUUUAAGAUUGGACUCCAGACUGUGAAAGACUGUAAUUUGGAGUUAGUUUUCCUCUUUCGAUGGUCAAAUGAAGAGGAAACGGCUAAAUCUACAGUUAAAUUUUCUUUUAAUAUUAGAAGAGCUUGUCAUAAGUCUAUACCAACUUGACCAAUAUAACUAGGACUAAUGCAGUUAAAGAAAUUUCAUGUUGGGGGGAGGGAUGCUGAGCAAAAAUGAGCUUUCUCCAGUAAGUAGAAGUUUCCCGUUACUACUAUUGUUAUUCUAUGGUUUUUGAUAAGAAAAAGUAUUUUCUCUUGUGCUUUCAGUUUUUCUGCUUGAGUUCCUUUCCUUCAUAACUGCAGAAAACAGUUUGCAAAAGAAAUUUUUCCCUAACCAUUCAAUUAAAACCAAAUGUUUAUAGAAUUUGGGAUCCUAAAUUUGGAAAAGACCUUAGAAGUCAUCUAGGUCAACUUCUUUAGCCAAUAGAUGAAGAAGCCCCUUGACAAGGACCCUAAUAAGCAUUGAUUCUAGUGAAAAGGAGCUAUCAUGGAAACAAGCCAUUCUACUUGUUUGAAUUGCUGUCUUUCUCCAGUAGUCCCCUCUAGUCAAGUCAUUGUGGACUAGGCAUUGAGGAAGCUAAAAAAGAAACCAACUUUUUCUUUAGAUUUAUUCUUCCUAGGAUCAGUCAAGACCAAGAUCCUUUGGAAAGUUUCCCCCAAAAGAUUAUUUGCUUGAGAAUGCUUGAGGCUGCUAUUGAACAAAAGUCAUAUAACUUCCUCACCACCAUUCUAGAAAUGCUUGCUGCUUUCUUCUUUUUCUUCCCCUUACAUAGAAGUUCGGUAGGAAGCCCUUUUGCUUUUCCUCCUGUUGGACCUUUUCCCUCUAAUUCUUAGCAAUGCAAAUUGUAGUUCCUAAGGACUUAUGUGGUUAAAUUUGUGAUUGUUAUCGUUUUGUCAAUAAGUUGUAUAGACAUCUCAUGACCCUAUUUAGGGUUUUCUUGGCAAAGAUAAAGGAGUAAUUUGCCCUUCCCUGCUCUAGAUCAUUUUACAGAGGAGAAAACUGAGGCAAAUAGGGUUAAAUAAUUGCCCAAAGCCACAGCUAGGAAGUAUCCAAAUUCACAUUUGAACUCAGGUCCUCCUGACUUCAGGGUCAGAAGUAUAUUCACCUUACCAUCUAGCUGUUCCUAAAUUUGUGAUUCCAUGAAUGCAAUUGGCUGUGGAUCUUUUUAUGUUUAUCUAGCCUAUAUGAUUUGUCUUUCUAAUGGGAAAAGUGAGGUAGCUAAAUGGCACAUCCCAAUGGGCAAUGAGUAGAGAAAGCCAGGUGUUCGAGUUAGAGUUAAGAAGGCUUGUUUUCAAACUCUACCUCAGACAUUUCCUAGCUAUAUGACCUUGAGCAAUUCACUUAGGUUGUUUGUUGCUUGAUUUCCUCAUCUAUAAAAUGAUGGCAUUAGCCUCCAUGGCUUUUGAGGUCUUCUCCAGUUCUAAAAUUACAGUCUUCAAUUAAGCACAGGACUAUUUGGAUGAGGUCUCAUUGUUUUCACAUUUAUCCAUCAUAUUUUUCUUCCAUUUUCUUUUUCAUUUUGCUAUUCAAUCUUAAGAAUGCUAGAGAAAAGGAUGCUCUGGAUACCCAUCUAAAGGAUUAUUAGCAAUAAUUCCCUCUCCUUCCCCUAGCACGUGUGUCAAAUACCACAGUCCAAUCACAAUUAGCCAACAGCUGUGCUCAACAUAAACACUUUAAGCCUGGCUCUUAUUAAUGUGAAGCUUCCAUUGAAUGUCCCAGAACUUUAAGAAAAGAAAAUCUCCUUUGAAGCAAUUUUUUCAGACCAAGAGUCUAGAUUGGCCCAUUGGCUUCACAAAUGCUUGUUCCUUUUCCAGCAUCUUUUCUGCUUCCUUCCGUCUAGCCAGUUACAGUGAUAUAGCACUAGCCUUUCCCAAUACUAGGUUUCAGAACACAUUUGCUCAACAGCUGUUGGUUUUGCCUGGAAUAUAUUUAAUGUUUUGCUUGUUUGUGAAGUACAUUAUUUAAAGGGUGUGGAUGGAUGAAUGCUUUAGAAAAUGGUGCCAUGGAUUGUGAGAAAUGAUUGGAUCUGUCUUUGAUGUAGCAAAAAUAAGAAAUUUUAUUGCUUUUUUCCUCAAAAUUAUUGUUUGUUUUUGGAAAUCUCUCUAUUGUUAAAUUCUCGUAAAAUACAAACUUAAGCACACAGAAGGUUAUAGACCAGGAUAAUAUAUUCAAAUUAUAUAAAUUGAAGCUGGUAAAACUGAGAUUCCCACACCUCUUUCAAAGAACAUUGUAUGUUGGGAAUUGUAGACAAGCACACAGUUAUUUUUUGUCUUUUAUAAUCUCAACCUGCUGGAUCAGGUUAAUUUAGUAAAUAAUUUUUAGCCUGCAAUCUCCCAAACACAGGCUCCUGUCAUAAUAUUAAAUGAAGAUUUCAUUUCCUCAAAUAAUGUUUUAAGAUUACAAAGAAUAUGUGACAUCAAAUAGAAAAUCCUUUUAUUCCCAACAUAUAUUUUAGUUAUGUUUAAAAUAAACUUCCACAUAUGUAAAUAUACUAUUUCUGUUUUAAACCUAGUGGACAACUAUGUUUUAGAUAGAGAGUAAGUAGGACACAGUAUAUCUGUAAUAAAUCAUCUUCUAUAGUUCAUGUCAAGAAUUGUUUAGUAUCAUCUUCAAUAUUUCAAGAUAAAUUUGGAUUCAAAAUGUAUGUAUUCACAUAAUCCAGGCUUAAAAGAUUUGAGAUUGUUUUAAUUUUUUUUCUUUUUCUUUUUUUUUUUUGAAGAGCUUUUUUCCUUUUCUGGAAAAAAGUAAUAUGGAAAUUAUCUGCGAGGCAGGCAGAAUUAUAUUUUAUUUUCAGAACGUUCCUAGUCUCCUGAGACAGAUCUGUAUAGUGAAAAAAUAUGCCCUUCUGUGCUCCAGAGUAGGGCAAAAACUUAACCUCAACUUCCUGGAUAAAUUUAAAAAUAAAAUCAAAUAAAGAAUUGGCCACUGUGCAGCUUCAGAUGACUAACUUCCUAAGCCCCCUACAGGUAUAGUAAGUGUAUGUGAGCUAACAGUAUCCCCAGAGAUUAAGUGCCAUCUGACUUUUCCCAGGCUAUACUUGUCUAUAUUAAUAUCCAGUCCAAGAUGUGCCUGGCAGAGGGACUCCCUUUGCCACAAACAUGCAAGAAAGCAUCACCCAUGGAAACCCACAAUACCCACAGCAUCUCUUCAUGUAGGUCCAGGAAACAAUAUAC